GGCAGCUGGUUGCUAGCUAGCUAGCUAGCUACCUGGGAAUUGAAGUCAGAGGGAAACGGAGAAGGGGAAAGGCAGGCUAUGGGUGGUCAUCUGCGAAUGUCGUUAUCCUAGCUUUCUAGUCAAAUGGAUCAAACAGUUUUCAUCGAGAGUCGAGGUAUGUGGUUGGUUAGCUAGCUUGCACAUGCGGAGGAAAUUUAAAGAACUUAACGUUAGCAACAUAAAUCCGCUCAGCUAACUAGAUUUUCAAAGUCCCACGGCUAGCCAAGUUCUGUUGUCGUAGUUAAAUAGCUAGCGUGGCGUUAAGCCUAACAUUAGCCAAGUCACCCACAGAGAAGCACUGGCUAAUGUUGGUUAAAAUACUUUUCUGUUGUAGCGCCAACUAGCUUGUAGCCUUAGCAAGCUAUCCGGUUAAACAAAUCAUAUUCGCUAGCUAACUAUCAUUUAUAGACAGUGCAGAUGGAGAGAUAACGGUUAGCUAACUACCUGUUCGGAAUGACGCUAAUACUAUCUGACUGGUUACCCAUUUGCAUUUUACGUUAGUUACUGAACAUAUAUACGAUAUCUAAACUUACACAAGUAUCGCUUGAAAUUUUUUAUUAUUAUUAUUAUUAUUAUAGCCAGAUAACCUCACGAGGCUGCAAGCCAAACAUUGUAUGGUAUUAAGUAGCUUGUUAGUUAAUUAGUUCAUGUUCAUUUUUAAUACUCCAGGUCACAUUAAUGUUAUGUGGUGUGUAUUUACAAAUUAGAUUGGUGCUAGCAAGAUAAUUAUCGAGGUGUCUAGUGGGACUGCUUGGUAACUGUCACAGUAUCUUCGCAAGCGAGGUGCCCAGCUACAUGAUAGCCAGCGUGCGCUUUCCUCGCUUCAGAACUAUCAGUUAUGUAGCUAGCUAGCUAACUACUGUUAGCUAAAGCCCAGGUUUCGUAAAUGAAGGACAGCGUGCUAAAUCAGAGCUACUGUAGCUAGGUAGCGGUCGUGAUCAUGGAGAGAAAGAGGCUGCACUCCAAACAAAAGUACCUAGCUUUCUAGCUAGCUUACAAGGCAGGCCCGUGGUAUCCCUGGCUGUCAAGAGAGGAUGAGACAAGGAUGCCGUCGUGGAUAAGGAUGCGCAUUGCCCGCUGUCAUCUUCCUACUCCGCACUGAGAAGAUGGAUGUCUGCAAUCAGAACCCCAAUCGUACAGCCCCUGAGAGCAUCAGUGGGCCGCGGAGGGGGGAACUGCCCCUGUGCUCUCGUACCAAUGGCUGGAGCUGGCCACCCCACCCAUUCCAAUUCCUGGCCUGGCUCCUUUAUCUGUACUUCGCUGUCAUUGGCUUUGGAGUGUUUGUCCCGUUGUUACCCUCCCACUGGAUCCCUGCAGGCUACAUCUGUACUGGCGUCAUGUUUGUAUGUCAUCUUUUCGUCCACUUGACUGCGGUCUCCAUCGAUCCCGCUGAUUACAACGUCCGAGCCAAGAGCUACAAGGGCCCUGUGCCAGUUUUUGACCGCACCAAGCAUGCCCACGUCAUUGAGAACUGCCACUGUUAUCUGUGUGAGGUGGACGUGAGUCCAAAAUCGAAGCACUGCAGUGCAUGUAAUAAAUGCGUGGCCAGCUUUGAUCAUCACUGUCGAUGGCUGAACAACUGUGUGGGCAGCAGGAAUUACUGGCUUUUCCUCAACAGUGUGAUUUCUGCACUACUUGGCAUAUUUCUUGUUGUGAUCAUUGCCAGUUAUGUGUUUAUAGAGUUCUUUUUGGAUCCCUCAAAGCUUCGGUCUGACAAGCACUUUCAGGUGAAAAAUGAAACAGUGGUGUGGUUUGUGUUCCUGCCUGUGGCUCCUGUAUCCACCACUGGCCCAGCCAUCCCUGCCUUGGCUGGUAUAACUAUUGCACUGGGACUGCUCUCAGCCCUGUUGCUAGGACACCUGCUGUGCUUCCACAUCUACCUUAUGUGGAACAGGCUGAGCACAUAUGAGUACAUCAUUCGUCAGCGACAUCGCCAGGAUGCCAGAGAUUCAAAUAAAGUCCCUUCUGGACCUGAUCCCGGGCCUCCAAAACUCAAGGAUGGAAGUUAUUCAGGGACGCUGGGCUAUACUAAUCCUGAGAUGGAUGUGGAGGAUCCCACCACAGUGGCAGCUCGGAGAGGACCAGACUUCUAUGGCAAUGGCAGCGUGAGGAGUUCAUCCAACAGAAUGGCUGAGGAGGAGCCCCUCCCCACCAUCUCAACAGAGCACAAACUGGCCCCCCGCCCGCAAAAACGCACACAGAAGAAAAAGAAGAAGGUGCAUAAAGUUCCCGCAGAGGUGAUCAAUGAGCGUCCAAUGGAGAGCAGCGGCAGCAGAGCCCCCCCUCCCAAACCUGCUGAGCCUGACCCCAGUGUGAGUGCAGCUACUGUGGUGGCCUCCCUGAGCCAGCACCUCCCCUUCCCAGCCUUCCCCCUGCGCGCCUCCUUACCCCCGCUGGCCCCUGUGCGACCGGCUGGCCCUCCAGCUGAGUAUCACUCUGACUCUGCAGAAUCACUGGAGGAAAUCCCAGUGGCCCUGGCACAACUCGGCAGCGCUGCUGUGGCGGGACACAGAGACUCAGGAGCUGCUCUUGCCCCGUCUUCCCAGCGUGCUCUGCUCCCUUCUGCUACGCACCAGCCCCUGCCCUCUCCCCAGCCCAGGACCAAAAGGAAGGUGUCCUCUCGAAAGCUGGGUGAGCAGAGGUUUGAGAUGGUUCCCCAGGCACCCACGGUGUUUGUCAGCAGGAGCAGUGGAGAGCCAGCAGACCCCAAGGAGAGCUCUGGUGCUGAGGAGCAUCUUGGCUCUCUCGGGAAACGCCGGCAAAUGCACAAAAGGAGUGUGGAGGAGCCCAGCUCCAGGACAGGUACACCGCUGGCUUAGAGCAGGCCAGCAGCGACACUCCACCAGGACACAGCAGAGGACCCUGGCUGCUGUUUUACACUGUAAUAGGUUGCGUGUCUCACACUUGUCACGUUGCUUUGGAAUGGAAAAUGAGACAACUCAAGGUGAAGAAUUACAUUUUGACACAGCCUAUGCAAACACUACACAAGCAGAAGAAAAGCAACUGGAGUGUUUUCUCAAGCUCUGUAAUUCCAAAUAGAGCUGCAUUUUUAAAAUAUGUUAACCACUACUCAUUUUUAUGAUAAAUUAUACUUGCACUUAGAUCACUGUAGCAUUGCACCACUAUAUAUUUUCUUAGUAAAUGUUUAUUUUCAUUGAUUUUUAAAAUAUUUAUUUAACUUUGUUAAAUGCCAAAGGUUAUACACUGUGUACAAUCUUUCAAUGAAGGACCCUGUGUUGAUAUCUGUGAAACUUGCUUUCCUCCCCUCAAGUCUGUACUACAAUUGUUACCAGAAACCUUAAUUUUUUAUCAUUGUUUUUUCAUGAAAAAAAUGCAAUUUUGUCUGUACAUUUUCUCUACUUGUGUGUCCUGUAGUUGUAUAUUUCUUGCCAGCUGGGGUCUCAUUUGUCAACCAUGCAUACACACAUUUCAUCCUAAACUCUGCGCAACAUUACUUUUACACAUGUGAUUUACAAAAAAGUUUUCUGAGAAAUUUGCUAUCAUCUUGGCAAUUUCAGACUGGCCAUAAGAACAUAACCUCAUGACUGGAUGAUAAAAAGGCUGAGGAGAAUCACAACAUCUAUUACAUCUAAUAAUAUUGACAGCUGUAUGGAUGUCAGAGCAUAGCAUUUGCUGAGGCAUACUGUUACGUGUGAAUCGCUAACAAUCAUAUAAUGUCAUUAGUAUGAUGACUAUUCAUUCUUUUUCUAUUAUUGCAAGUUGUUCAAAAGUAAUGGUAAGUGACAAGACAUAAUCAAUGCCACAUUCAGGUGGCAUUCAGUCAUGCUGUCCCUGUGGACAUACAGGUGCUAUCAACCCUUGGCUUGUUUGCCACCAGUACGUGUGAGUGUGAGCUUCUGGAGAAGUUGGGGAUAUCCUAGCCCUCUUGAAGCAUCUCUAUGUUCUUUAUGACAAGUCCCACAAUUAUGGAAUGCCUCUUUAGACAGUUGUGAGUUGGAGAGGACCCAGUCUGAAUGAGACUGCCAUCCAAUGGUAUCCCAUUGGUAGGACAUGAUGCAGCUGUGAAAUAUUUGUGUAAUAUUAGAUCUUUCCAAAAUUUUAUUCUUUUAUAAUGCACUGUAUGGUACUAAUGGUGCACAAUUUGCAUUUGACUCUAUGGAGCCUCAAGCCUCCUUGGCCUGUUACUUUUGAUGAGUGUUAAACAGUCUGUUAAACUGACGGUUUGUAAUAAUGAUAAUGACAUUCAUUUUG